UUGCACGAGAAGAGGUUUUUGCAUCGUGUUGACAAGAUUGAUUGUUGGCCCCAAAGCACAAUACAAGACAUGACUCAAAAUGUCAACAAUAUGAAUUACUUUUUUUUUUUUGGUGAAAGAGAGGGGCAAGGCCCCUAAACAUCAAUUACUCAUUUACUCUUUCUUAAUUAUUGAGCACCAAUCCUACCUUUUUUUUUCAUAACAUAACAUGUACUAACUUUUACCUAAUUAGUUUUUUACCUAUUUAUUUCCUAAGGGAGCAAUGUUCUUACACUUUUUUUUAUUUCCAUUUUCGUUUAUAAAAACAAAAAUUCAAGCAACGAUAUUUAUACUAAUAACUUAUAAUAGGAAUAUUUGCAUAUCGCUUAUCAUCUCUCUCUAUUUCUUUUUAUAUAAAUAUAGCUAUUAUUACAUAAACUUGAUAUUUUAAAACACUCAAACUAUUACACGGGCUAAAAACUAGUUUAUUUUCGAAAAUCUCCCAUAAUUUAUUUUAAACCCACUUAAAAAAAGAAAAAGAAAAAAAAAAGUUUUGGUAACAAAAUGGAGUGAUGAUGGUGAUGAUUGAUGAUACCCUGCAAUCUCCAACACCAACAAACAACAACAAUUCCUUUCUCUCUCUCACUCUUUUUUAUUUUAAUUAUUUUUAAUCUCUCUUUCUCAUACAAUUACACUCUCUUUUUCCCUCUUUUUUCCAUUUCUCUCUCCUCUUUCUUCCCCUGCAAUUUUACUGAUACAUAACUACCCCAUGAAAGUCACAUCCAAUCAGAAUUUUUCGGACCAAAAAUUCUCCAAAAACAAAAAAAUUGAAAUAGAUUAAUUUAAAGCAUAAAAAAUGGAGAAGAAGAAGAAGUGUGGUUGCUGGGCAGUUUUGCGCAGAAAUGUUACUAGUUCUUGCAAACCUUCUCCUAAUUCCAAAAAUUCUGCUAAUUCCAUCCCUCGUUCUAGCCUUGUUUAUGAUGCAGCUGCUGAAACCAGGUAUUUGAAUGCUAGUAAUAGGGAAAUGUGUGUACCAAAUGAUGAUGUUCAACUUCCUAUUGAGCCUCCUGAUCCACCACCUUCUGAGACCAAACCCCCUCCUCAACUCCUGCAGUUUACAUUUCAGGAAUUAAAAUCCGCCACCGGGAACUUUAGGCCUGAUAGCAUACUCGGGGAGGGCGGUUUCGGGUUUGUAUUUAAGGGGUGGAUAGAAGAGAACAGCACAUCACCUGCUAAACCGGGGACCGGAAUUACUGUUGCUGUCAAAAGUUUGAAGCCUGAUGGUUUACAAGGACAUAGAGAAUGGGUGGCUGAAGUUGACUUUCUUGGGCAACUCCAUCAUCCCAAUCUUGUUAAGCUUAUUGGGUAUUGUAGUGAGGAUGAUCAGAGACUUCUUGUGUACGAGUUUAUGACUCGUGGUAGUCUCGAAAACCAUCUCUUUCGAAGAACUAUGCCUUUGUCAUGGCCCUGCCGAAUGAAGAUAGCCCUUGGUGCGGCUAAAGGAUUGGCAUUUCUUCAUGGGAACGGGGAGCCUGUCAUUUAUAGAGAUUUUAAGACCUCGAAUAUUUUGCUUGAUACGGAGUUCAAUGCAAAGCUUUCGGAUUUUGGUCUUGCUAAAGCAGGGCCUCAGGGGGAUAACACCCAUGUUUCUACACGAGUAGUAGGAACUUAUGGUUAUGCUGCACCAGAAUAUGUGAUGACAGGGCACUUGACAUCUAAGAGCGACGUUUACAGCUUUGGUGUAGUGCUACUUGAGAUACUAACCGGGAGGAGAUCAAUGGACAAAAAACGCCCUAGUGGUGAGCAGAAUCUUGUGACUUGGGCUCGACCAUAUUUAACUGACAAGCGGAAGCUAUAUCAAAUAGUUGAUCCUCGCUUGGAGCUGAACUACUCCCUUAAAGGUGUGCAAAAGGUCUCUCAGCUGUCUUAUAGCUGCCUUAACCGAGACCCUAAAUCCCGCCCUUCAAUGGAUGAAAUUGUCAAGGUCCUCAUCCCAUUGCUAGACCUCAACGAUAUGGCCAUCAUAUCAUAUCAAUCACGACUAUCUCAACCAGGAAGACGAAGGAAGAAAUCUGAUGGACAUGUCCUUAAUAUGUCCUCCCAUCCCCUUCAGAUUAGAAAUAUUAGGGACUCUCCCUUGAAUUCUGGUAAGCACCGCCCUUGCUAAUUCACUGGAAUUUGAUCAAAUAUUUUUUCAUCGAGUUGUUCAAUCAGCUCGGAUAAUUGUGUUAUUGGGAGAUUCUCCAAAAGCUUGAGGUUGUUGUAAUAGGAGGAAUCACAAUGGAGUUGAUCACGUCUAAUGAUAGCUUCAUAGAUCCUCUCACCCCCCAAAUUUUUUUUAGCUUGCAUUGUAGUUAUUGAAAUACAUAGAUGUAAUAGUAGCAUCUCUUGAAUUGCUCCAAGAAUCGUCUUGAUUUAGUGUGCUAGCUAGCCUUGUUUCGCUUGAGCUUGGGGAUGACCAUUUCCCCUGGGUUUACUUAAUAUAUGAUCAAAGAUGUUGUGAUUG